AUGUUAGAAAAAGUCGAAAGUGGAAAAAAUGUGAAGGAUCUGAAAAUGGAUAUCUUACGAGAAAUUCAUUAUAUUAUUAAAGCAUGGAAUAAAGUUAAAGAAAGAACAAUCUAUAAUUGUUGGCAUUAUACCAACAUCCUUUCAAAUAAUAAUGAUGAAAUUUUUUCAGAAGAUAGUCAAGAGAUCAAAGAAACUGAUGAAAUGCUAAAUCUUUCAAAUUCGAUUGAAAAUCUUAAUUUACCUAACUCAAUGGAAGUAGUUGAUUUCCUAGCUAUUCACGAAGAAGAAAUUUUUUGUGAAAUUCUUGAUAAAAACUCUAUGAUAGCUGAAAUUAUUGAAAUCUUUAAAGAAAGGCCUGAAGAAUCUGAUGAUGAAGAUUCUGAUAAAGCAGAUGAUAGUGUUGAAACAGCAAUUAUAAGCACAAACGAGACACUAAAAAGCUUGGAAGUAAUGCGUAUAUUUUUACUCUAG